AUGGGUCACAGGGGAGGAAAGGAGAAGAUCGGGCCACGCCCCCUAGCCGAGACCCCCAGAGCGCGAGAGACCGAGACCAGAGACCAGAAACCCGAGACCAAAGACCAGAAACCCGAGACCGAGACCAAAGACCAGAAACCCGAGACCGAGACCAGAGACCAGAAACCCGAACCGAGACCAAAGACCAGAGACCAGAAACUCGAGACCAAAGACCAGAAACCCGAGACCACAGACCAGAAACCCGAGACCGAGACCAAAGACCAGAAACCCGAGACCGAGACCAGAGACCAGAAACCCGAGACCAAAGACCAGAAACCCGACACCAAAGACCAGAAACCGGCGACCGAGACCGAGACCACAGACCAGAAACCUGCGACCGAGACCAGAGACCCGAAACGGAGACCGGAAAAAGGAGACGAAACCACGCGGGGAUUCUCGGCCGAAGAACACUUGAAGGAGAUACAGAAGCAAUGA